AGGUGUUAUCCUACAAGGCCCACCUAUAAAUUAGCCGGUCACUACAUUAACCGCCUCGUUUAAAUAGCGAUUUCUGAGUUUCUAGAUUUCUCACUCACUACAACCACCAAAAUAUUUAUUCCUAAUUAGGGUUUGCAACUCUCUAUCAACAGGUAGUCAGUUAUUCCCCCGGAGCAUUUGGGGAAAGUGGGAAUGGCAUCUUCUGAUGAUGAAGCUGAAGCAGUCCCGAGUACAGUUUCUAACUAUGAAUUUGUGGAUGAUAAGGAUGAGCCUGUUUCAUUUGCGGAGCUAACAUUUCAGUGGAAUGAUACUGAGAGUUUGGAUGGGAAUAAAGGACAUGUUUUCUUGCGUGGGACUGCCGAUAAUGGCCUUCAGAAGAUUUAUAAGCAGGUCACUACAUGGAAGAUUGAUUCUUCACGUAUAGAGCCAGCAAUUUCAGUUUUAUCUAAGGAGAACGAUUGGAUCAAACUUGAAAAACCAAGGAAGGCAUUCCAAGAUACCAUUAGGUCAAUUUUGAUCACUGUGCAUUCCUUGCACUUUCUGAAAAAAAAUCCAGAAUCUUCUGGCAGAGCUUUGUGGGAUCACUUAUCUAAAGUCUUCAGUGUGUAUGAGCCCAGGCCUUCGGAGAACGAUCUAGUGGAUCACAUGAAUUUUAUCAAUGAAAUUGUUAAGCGUGACGGAAAAUUGGCUCAAUCCAAGGUUUUACUUAAAUUUUUGGAGGAGAAGCCUAAGAAGAAGAAAAUCUUUGAUGAGGUUGGAUCAAUAUCCGACUUUAUAGUCGAUGAUAUCAUAGAUGACAAUGAAGAAGAAGAUGAAGAUGAUGAUGAUUAUAAUCACUUUGAAUCUCUCUGCGCUAUAUGUGACGAUGGUGGUGAACUUCUUUGUUGCGAUGGGAAGUGCUUGAGGUCAUUUCAUGCUACUGUGGAAGAUGGUGCUCAAUCUCAGUGUGAAUCUCUUGGUUUUACAAAGGCGCAAGUUAAGGCAAUGAAAUAUCAAGAUUUCUAUUGUAAGAAUUGUGAAUAUCAGCAGCACCAGUGCUAUGCUUGUGGGAAGUUGGGUUCUUCUGAUCAAUCAUCUCAUGCGGAGGUCUUCCGUUGCGUUAAUGCGACUUGUGGCCAUUUUUACCACCCACAUUGUGUUGCCAGACUGCUUCAUCCUGAUGCUCAGUCGAAGGUUGAUGAACUUAAAAAGAAGAUUGCCGCUGGUGAAUCUUUUGCUUGUCCUCUGCAUCAGUGCUGCGUCUGUAAACAAAGAGAAGAUAAAGAUAAACCUGAGCUACAGUUUGCCAUGUGUAGACGGUGUCCAACAUCAUAUCAUCGGAAAUGCUUGCCUAAGGAAAUUGUUUUCGACAAGAGCAACGAUGAAGAAGAAAAUGAGGAGGAGGAGGGGGAGGAGGAGGACGAGGAGGAUGAUGUUAUGCCAAGGGCAUGGGAUGGUCUUAUAAAAAAUCGCAUUUUGAUCUAUUGUUUAAAACACGAGAUUGAUGAAGAACUUGCUACACCUUCAAGAGAUCACAUCAAAUUUCCGGGAGAUCGUAGGAGGGAGAAACAAACACCGGAACAAACGGGAAAACCAAAAGGAAUAUCUGCAGAAGUGACUAAUGGCAAGAGAGUGAUUGCUAAAAAAUCAGAAACUGUUGAAAAAUUGUCCAAGGCAGUGAAGGUUGAUUUUUCCAGAAAGAGAGAGAGACCGCCUCUACCUGAUUCUGUGAAAAGACAAAAAGUUAUCGAUGCUAAUAGAAAGAGUUUGAACAAGUCUUCGUCCGCAAAGCUCAACAAAGCUACCAAAAGUGAAGGUAAAACCUCUUUGGGCGAUAAGUUAUAUGCACUCAUUAGCAGGGAAUCACAAAUUGAUGAGUCUGGUGAAGAGGAGAAAACCAAGAUCGUGAAGUCUGACAAAAAGGAGAGAAGCAGUUCACAGACUUUAGAUGCUGCAUCAAAGAGCAGAAUAUUGUCUAUGAUGAAGGAAGUUAAAUCCUCCAUAACUAUGGAUCAAAUAGUGAAGCACAAAGUACCUACAACGCAUGCAUACUCAUCAAAAUUCGACAAAUCUAUAACCUUGGGGAAAGUUGAGGGUUCUGUUGAGGCUAUUCGUGCGGCUUUACAGAUACUAGAGGAAGGGGGCAAAGUCGAAGAUGCAAAAGCUGUCUGUGAGCCUGGGCUUCUUGCUCAGAUAAUGAAGUGGAGGAGCAAGCUGAGAGUGUAUCUUGCUCCCUUUCUACACGGCAUGCGCUACACGUCCUUUGGUCGCCACUUUACUAAAGUGGAGAAGCUGAGAGAGAUUGUCGAUAUGCUUCAUUGGUAUGUUCGAGAUGGUGAUAUGAUUUUGGAUUUCUGUUGCGGUUCCAACGAUUUCAGUUGUCUCAUGAAAAAGAAGCUGGAUGAAAUUGGGAGGGGUUGCUUAUAUAAAAAUUAUGAUCUAUUCCAAGCAAAGAAUGCAUUUAAUUUUGAGAAGAAGGACUGGAUGACUGUACGCCCAGAGGACUUGCCAGUAGGAGGAUCGAAGUUGAUCAUGGGGCUGAAUCCUCCUUUUGGGGUCAAUGCUGUCCUUGCUAACAAAUUUAUUAACAAAGCACUUGAGUUUAAGCCAAAGCUUCUUAUCCUCAUUGUUCCGAAAGAGACACAACGGUUAGAUUUAAAGGGAUCUCCAUAUGAUCUAAUUUGGGAGGAUCACGAGUUGCUUAGUGGGAAGUCAUUUUAUUUACCUGGAUCUGUUGAUUCAAAUGACAAACAAAUGGAGGAUUGGAAUGUGAGUACACCACCACUUUAUCUUUGGAGUCGCCCUGAUUGGACCGCCAACCAUAAAGCAAUUGCUCAACAGCAUGGCCACCCGUCCAAGAUAAAAUUAGAAAAAAGUUGCUUCGACGCACCUGUCCCUCGUUCACUGGAACAUGAUGAAGUUGUGUCAACAAAGAUCAAUAACGACAUUGGUUUUGAGGAUAAGAAGCGACAUCAGCCCCAAGAAUACAAGGAGAGAUCACAGAAUAAAAGUGGCAAAGAAGGUGGUGAUCACCGGGGCCACGGGACGAACAAAUCUCAUGAAAAGUCAAUGAAAGGGAGUCAGGAUAAAAGCAAGAAUAGAUCUGAUGAAAAGUCAAUGAAAGGGAGUCAGGAUAAAAGCAAGAUGAGAUCUGAUGAAAAGUCAAUGAAAGGGAGUCGGGAUAGAAGCAAAUUUCAGAGAGAUUUGGAUGAAAAAUCAAGACAGGACAAGUCCACAGUGAAACGACAGAGAGAUUUGGAUGAAAAAGCAACAGAGGACAGGUCUGUAAGGAAAAGAUCUCUGUCUCAUCAUUCCUCCCCCCUCAUGACCAAUCGUGAGUCGGUUGAUCGGCACACAAUUUUGUCUUCUAAGGCUGAAGAGAAGGAUAGCUAUCAAUGUUUUGCGGGCCAGAGCACUUCUGCAUUACAGACGGAGCAAGAGACAGGGUAUGGGGUACAUCAGGACAGUCACAUGGAAAGAAGGCACAUCUUGCCAACGGAGGAGCCUUAUUCAAGUUUAGCUCACCAAUAUCCUCAGUCUGCUAGUCCUGGUCCUGAGUAUAUGGGGCACAGGGCACAUCAGGAUGGUGACAUGGCAAGAAGGAACAGCUUGCCAAUGCAGGAGCCUUACUCAAGUUUAAAUCACCAAUAUCCUCGGUCUGCUAGUCCUGGUCCCGAGUAUGCAUUCAGGGCCUCUGAAGAACGAUUUAUGGGAUAUCAAAGAGAGCAUCCAGAUAUACCUGGUAGACCGUACACCAGUCACCGGAAUGGGGGGAUAUAUGCAAGGGAGUCAGAUGUACGGGCACAGGGCAACCUUUAUGGGCAGCAGGGUGAUGAGUUUUUGACUCAAAGAAGCAACUACGUAGCGGGUGCCAGCACUGGAUAUCCCCAUCCCCCCUAUGGGAGGUUGAGUCCAGCAACUGAUCCAACCUACGGCAGGAUCAAUACGCCUGUGAUGCAACAGUAUCCUCCACAUGAGGAGUUAUAUCCCGGUAGGAUGAAUGGCAUGGAAUCUGACGGAAGAAGUGGCAUCUACGGUGGUGGAGUUGCUCGACCCGGGUUUCAAGGUAGCUCAUCGGGCUUUGCUCCCAGGCCUUACUACCCCUAUUCGCAGCAAAAUUCGUCAGGGUGGCUUAAUGAGUAGGCAAUGUGGGCUGGUUGGUUUGCGGAGUAUUGAAGAUGUCCUAUUUAUGUUGGGUCAUGGUUUUUUUCGUAGUUUCCGCUUAUUCCUUCCUAUCAAACUUCUUUUUUUGCUUUUUUCUUUUCUUUCAGUAGUGAAAAUGAAGUCAUUAUAUGUAUAAAGUAAAAGCUAGAAAUGCCCAGGCAGUUAUGCUCUCCUUGAAUCUUCUCUAGGUGUUUCUGUUAUGUAAUUUAUUCUGUUC